GAAGCCCCCAGUAAGAGACUCAUACUGUAGGACAGAUAGUAGUAAACUGGUUGAAACUAGCAGCGAGAGGGGCUGUUGAUGCACACUUUACUAAUAUAAGCUAUCACGUCAGCUUCUUCACAGCCGUUUCUCCCCGAAAAUACCGGCAUGUUGUGACUGUCCAGCCGAGAGAAGAACCACUUUAGUAUCCGCAUCCACCGGACCGGAGCAACUUUAAACUUCAACCAAGUUGACUUGUGCAUUUAUCUGGAGACUCUGCAUGCUGGGGCCUGAAGCUGACUUCCUGUACACCUGACAUAGAGAGGGAACACUUCAUACUGGAAGCUGCAGGAUGGCUAGAAGAUCCCCAAUUCCUUUGCUACUUCUUACAAUAUGCUGCCUGGCAUCUGCAGGGCCGUUGUCUCGCAGCCCAUGUGAGCUGCUGCCGGUGGGGAUGGGACACCCGGUGCAGGCCACGUCGAGGAGCUUCACCGCCCUGUCAGGCUGCGCGAGUAGAGGCACCACCAGCCUCCCACAGGAGGUCCACAUCAUCAACCUGAGAGGACAUGUUGCAGAGGGACCAGACAACACCCCGGCUGAAGUUGAGCUGCAUCUGAAGCCGAUCCAGUCUCUGCUGCGCCACCAGAAGCCGCUGGUUUUAGUGCUCAACUCCCCCCAACCACUGAUCUGGAAGAUCAAGGCGGAGAACCUGGCCCUGGGCGUUCAACGUACCUUUCAUGUAUCCGAGGGCUCGGAGGUCCACUUUCAGCCGGGAAACUUCUCCCUCUCCUGCCAGAUCCAGAAGGAGACCCUUCCCCAUGGCAACGAGCACCUCCUCAACUGGGCCCAGAAGAAGUACAAGGCAGUCACCUCUUUCUCUGAGCUCAGGAUGACUCAAGACAUCUACAUCAAAGUCGGAGAAGAUCCACUGUUUUCUGACACCUGCAAUAUUGAUAACAAGUUCCUGUCUCUGAACUACCUGGGCGGCUACGAUGAGCCGCAGACAUCAAAGGGUUGCGUCCUGUCUGGACCCGACAAGGACCAAGAAGUCCACAUCAUUGAGCUCCAAGCCCCCAACUCCAGCAGUGCUUUCCAGGUGGAUGUCAUAGUAGAUCUACGGCCUCUGGAGGACGAUGCCCCGCUGCACCGCGACGUCGUCUUGCUGCUCAAGUGCGCCAAGUCUGUCAACUGGGUCAUCAAGGCCCACAGUGUGAUCGGCAGGCUGGAUGUAGUGGCAUCUGAUACCGUGAGUUUCAGCUCAACUACGGAGAGACUGAUACGAGUGUCAAAAUCCCCCAAGCAGCACUUGCCAUCUGGGUCACAAGCCUUGAUCAAGUGGGCAGGGGAGAAUGGCUACAGUCCAGUCACGUCUUACACCAGCACUCCUGUGGCUAACCACUUCAUUGUCCGACUUAGAGAGCCAGAUGUGGUGGAUCCUCUGGAGAGCAUGUUGCCUCCAGAGCUCUCCAUCCUGCGUGACUCCAGUCUUCAUCCGAGAACGGGAGCCGCGACCCGACGCUCCGGUCUGCCCUUUCCCUUCCCUCCACCUGCGUCCGACGGCCUGUCCUACCUGCCCUACCUGCCUCUGCCCCCUGGCCUCGACGACCGGCCCUGGGAGAACGAAGAGCCCGAGGAGCAUCAGGGCGUCCUGAGUGUCAGCCACAGCGUGCAGUGUGAGGAGACCAGGAUGGUGAUCAGCAUCGCUAAAGAAAGCCUGGAAGAGAAAGGGUUUGCUCAUGCCAACCUCACGCUCCAAGACCCAGCUUGCAAAGCAACAGUCAAUGCCACCCACUACACACUGGAAACUCCUCUGAACGGCUGUCUGACCACCGUGUUUCCCAUGCAGGGUAGCUCAAUGGCCCUUCACAUCAACUCUGUUUUGAUAAGUCAUUCUGAGGCUAAGGAUGGGAGUGGCGGGCCUUCGGAUUAUGAGGAUCAGGAAUCUGGAGAAGUGCUGUUCCCCAGGGACCCGACGGAGUUAGAGAGGACCUUUACGGGGCCCACGGAGCACCAGUCCGUCAUAGCGUUCAAUUGCACGUACCGAAAGAAACAGGAAACCUCGGCAACAAUUCCCAGGAUCGUACCGGGACCGGGGAGGAAACCGGACAGCAACAUGACGUUUAACAUGGAGCUGUACGACACGCUGCCGUUCAACAACCCUUCACGACAGGCCUUCUACACUGUUGCACAAAAGCAGCAAGUCUUUGUGGAGGUCACAUCAGCCGCAUCCGAUCCGGAGCUGGGGUUCACCAUCGCAUCGUGCUUCAUUUCUCCCAACUCUAACCCCAGAGUGGCCUCAGACUACACCCUCAUCGAGACGGUGUGCCCGACAGACGACUCCGUCAAGUACUAUCCUCGGAGGCACUUCCCUGUCCCUUACGCACAGGCAGAGAGGAAAAGCUUCGGCUUCACCUUCAACUCAAAGCUCAACAAUGCCCUGCUUUUCCUGCACUGCGAGAUGUCCCUGUGCUCCAAGAGAUGCCAGAGCAACCAUCUACUACCGCGGUGCUUACAACCCGGCGAGACCUGCGAUUCUCUCUCUGCGGACAGCAUCAUGGCGAUAAUGAUGAACACCAAGAUAUCUACCAAACCGCUGGUCGUGGUGGAUGGUAAACCAGAGGAAACAGUUACUCCUUCUUACAAAGCAGCCGACCCCACAAAGGGACCUGAGGAGGAUGCGCUGUACGUGCUGGACACUCCGACCGUGGUGGGGAUCGCCUUCGCAGCCUUUGUGAUCGGGGCUCUGUUGACCGGAGCCCUGUGGUUUAUCUACUCGCACACAGGUGAGACAGCUGGCACACAGCAGGUCCAGAAGACCCUGCCGGCCUCAGAGAACAGCAGCGCGGCCCACAGUAUCGGCAGCACGCAAAGCACCCCCUGCUCCAGCAGCAGCACGGCGUAGCCCAGGACGCAACCCGGCGGGACGCAAAGCCCCGCCGCGGCACAGGAAGGGCCCGACGGUUCACUGGGACCGGUUUGUUGAUCUCCAUCCAUGACAGGAAUUAUUUUGGGGAAUGUGAUAGGAAGGAAUGAUUUAGAAAAAAAAAAAAAAAAAACACACCUUU